ACAACUCCCCCCAUCGACCACACACUCUCUAUGGCUGAGGAAAUUAGGUUAAACUCGUCCAAGCUAGGAACGCAGGAGUAUUGGAACAACUUUUACAAGAAGGAGAUCCAAAACUUCCUGGAAAAUCCUGAGGAUACUGGUGAGUGUUGGUUUGAUGAUGCAGAUGCUGAAUCUAAAAUGGUUGAGUAUCUUCUUGAGUUGAUUGAUGAUGCUGAACUCCCAGCCCCAGGCCCAGAUUUUUCAUUUGUUGAUCUUGGUACUGGUAACGGACAUCUUCUCUUUGCUUUACACGAGGAAUUACUGGAAGAAUCUUGUGCAGAUGUGUCCAAAUAUCAAUAUGUAGGCGUGGACUACUCGCCAGAUUCAGUUUCAUUUGCUUCCGAUAUUGUCAAGGAGAAGUUUCCCCUGGAUCAUGCCCAAUUUAGAUUUGAACAGGCUGAUCUUUUAGCAGUGGAUGCUCCAUUUCUCAAGAACAAUGCCGCUUCUUUCGAUGUCCUUUUGGAUAAGGGUACCCUUGAUGCUAUUGCCUUGAACCAAGAUCCUCUUUCUGAAUUUGAUGGCCGUAUUGGGAUGGACAUCUAUGCUGAACAAGUGUCUAAAUUGAUGCAUGACACUUCGCUUCUUCUCAUCACUUCAUGUAACUUUACUGAAGAAGAAUUGAUUCGCAUCAUCACUGCUAAUGGAUCUAACGAUUUAUCGGUAUUUGAUCGUAUUAAUUACCCUUCUUUCCAAUUUGGUGGUGUUAAGGGUAGCACUAUCUGUAGUGUGGCCUUUUCCAGAGCUCCACCUCGUAACUAGAAAACUUUAUAUAUCAAUUGAAAUCCGUUCAUUAAAA